AGGACAAAGUCAGAUGGCCAGAGCUGACCGACAUGACAACCCCCACAUGCCAUAGCCUGAAGGAGAGACAGUUUCCCUAUGAAGAGUGUGUGUUGCAGUGAGAGAGCAAGUGCGUAGACGUUUUUAGUGAGUGUAUGUAUGUUUGUGGAAUUGAUGAAUGUCACUGCAAGUGUGAUUGGAUGUGUUUAUAUUGUCAUUGGGGGGGUGCACGAGAAAAGUGUGAAUUUACUUGUGUGCAGUGUGUAGGCUACUGUUAUUUAUUUGUGUGUGUAGUGUGAGAAUGUCACUGUGAAGUGUUUGUGAGAAAGAUACAAGUCAAAAGUGUUGUACACAAGUGCAUGUAUGUACGUGAAAUAGGAGAAAGGAAAGUUGACAUUGGUGCGAGUGAGUGUGUGAGCGCAGGCUUAGUUAGCAAAGGUCGACGUGUCACCAGGGUCAAAGGUCAUCCGUCGAAGAUGCUCCAGCCGCAGCUCCAGCUGUGCAAGGUCACCAACGCGCUGUUCAUCAGCAACGCACGCUCGGCCUGCACUGACGACCUCAUCCAGCAGGAGGCAGUGACGCUGUGCAUCAACGUGUCCAAGCAGCAGCCCUUCCCCGAGUCGUCACGCAUCGCUGCGCUGCGUGUGCCCGUCUACGACGACCCCACUGAGGACCUGUACCGCUACUUCGAUAGCUGUGCAGACGCUAUCCGGGACGAGGCAUCCAAGGGAGGCCACACCGUCGUCUAUUGCAAGAACGGCCGCAGCCGCUCGGCCACCAUCUGCGUGGCGUACCUCAUGAAGUACCGCAAGCUCUCAUUGGCUGAGGCGUUUACGAAAGUGAGGACUUCACGCUCAGUGGUGGACCCCAACUCCGGAUUCUGGGCCCAGCUGGAAAGAUAUGAGCAAGAGCUGAAAAAGAGGCGGGGGGAGGUGGACAACGCCCCAACCUAAUGUUGUGCCAAAUUCCUCACCCUCUAGGACCAUGCAGCUCUCCACCGUAAACCAACCGUCCUGAAACUCUUUGGGCCAGUUUCCCGGACACAGAUUAAGCCUAAUCCUAGAUUAAAAACCAUGGUCAAUGGAACACCUCCAUUUUAAAUUCAGGUCUAGGUUUAAUGAUACAUGAGUUUUACAUAGCAUUUCUAAAGGACAUCUGUGUCUGGGAAACUAGCAUUGUAUCUAAAGAGGUGGACCAGCCUCCGGUCUAGAGGAGCCCCCACCUCUGGAGUUGGUAGAAGUUGCCCCUAUAAUCGCUGGGCCAGGGUCCGAUAUUUUCCAUCCUCCUAAUGGUUAAGGUUAUGAUUUUGGGUUGGGUAAUCUGAUCCUAGAUCAGGCAUUUUAGGCAUUUAAAAAGCCUGCUGAAAGGAGCAAUGCACUGCUAUGAAUGCUUAUAGCAAGUCAUAUAAUUGAAAAAAGGUAUUAUAAUGCACAAGUGGGUGAAAAUAGACAAUGUAAGUGCCAUCAUAAUGCAUUAUGUACAGUUGGUUCAUAAAUCAACCCAAUCUCUUAAAUUAUAUGUCACAAUAAUGUAUAUUUCCAUGGGGUUGCAUAGAGAGUGUUACUCUGGCUCUAUAGUCAUUGACAGCACUUAUGUACCCUUGUACAAACACUCAAGAGGCUGUUGCAGUGCCACCUUUAACCUCUAGAGGGAAGUAUUACAAUGGAAUAGAGUCAAAAACAUGACAAACCAGAUGGGAUGCUUAGUGGAGAAGUACUACCACAGACUUUUUGCGUUGAAAUCUCUACAGCUCAGAAAUGUUUCUCCUCUGCACAUUAAAUAUUUAUCUGAGCAAUACUGAAUCUUAACUCUGCAGGGAUUUAACGAGUCUUAGCCAUUAAACGUUCGUUAUAGCAGCUAAUGUAGAGCAGGUGCAAUGACCUGUGCUCAGGUAAUACAACACGUUACAAUAGAGGGCUGCUAUUGACUAGAUAAAGCAUCAAAUCAAAUCACAUGUUAUUGGUCGCGUACACAUAUUUUGUUAUCGCAGGUGUAGGAACAUAUGCAUUUUGCUAUCCCCAACAGUGCAGUAAUACCUAACAAUACAAAACAAUACACACAAAUCCCAAAAAUAAAAAGAAAGGAAUAUAGAAAUAUUAGAACAAGCAAUGUCAGAGUCCUGAAUAUAAAUAUAUAUAUAUAUAUAUGUAUAUUAUGGUGUGUAUAGACAUUAUGGACAGUAUAUGAAUAGAUCAUGUGUGUACAGCAGUAGUUAGAUAAGAUGAGCCUUGCCUAGAAUAAAGUAUAUACAUAUGAAGUGGGUAAAACAGUAUGUAAACAUUAUUAAAGUGACCAGUGUUCAACUGCACAUAGGGCAGUGUUCUUUAAGGUGUGGGGUUGAGUACUGGUUGGCAGCUGGCUAGUAGCAGUGACAAAAAUUCAAGCCAGGAUACUGGGUGGAAGCCAGCUAGUAGUGACGAUUUAACAGUCUGAUGGCCUGGAGAGAAAAGCAAUUUUUCAGUAUGAUGCACAUGUACUGUCUCCGCCUUCUAGAUGGUAGUGGGGUGAACAUGCCGUUGAUUGGGUGGCUGAGGUCCUUGAUGACCUUUUUGGCCUUCCUGUGACACAGGGUGCUGCAGAUGUCCUGCAUGGCAGGCAGUGUGUCCCCAGUGAUGUGUUUGGAUGACUGCACCACCCUCUGGAGAGCCCUGUGGUUGUGGACGGUGCAGUUGCCAUACUGUACCAAGCAGUAAUACAUCUGGACAGGAUGUUCUCAAUGGUGCAGCUGUAGAAAUUUGUGAGGGUCUUAGGGGCCAAGCCAAAUUUUUUCAGCCUCUUGAGGUUGAAGAGGUGCUGUUGCACCUUCUUCACCACACUGUCUGUGUGGGUGGACCAUUUCAGGUGGUCAGUGAUGUGCACGCCAAGGAACUUGAAGCUUUUCACCCUCUCUGGUCGAUGGAUAUGGAUGGGGGCUUGCUCACUCUGCUCUCUCCUAAAGUCCACGAUCAGCUCCAUCUCUUUGUUGACAUUGAGGGAGAGGUUCAUUUUCCUGGCACCACUCCGCCAAGGCCCUCAUCUCCUCCCUCUAAGCUGUUUAGUCAUUGUUGGUAAUCAGGCCUACCACUGUUGUGUCGUCUGCAAACUAGAUGUUUGAGUUGGAGACGUGCAUGGCCACGCAGUCAUGGGUGAACAGGGAGUACAGAAGGAGGCUGAGCACGUACCUUUGUGGAGCUCCCGUCUUGAGGAUCAACUUAGCGAAGGUGUUGUUGACUACCUUCACCCCCUACCUGGGGUUGACCCGUCAGGAACUUCAGGACCCAGUUACACAGGGCGGGAUUCAGACCCAGGGCUCUGACCUUAGUGAUGAGCUUGGAGGGCCCUAUGGUGCUGAAGGCUGAGCCAUAGUCAAUAUACAGCAUUCUUACAUAUGUAUUCCUCUUGUCCAGAUGGGGUGCAGUGCGAUGGUGAUUGCGCCAUCCAUGGAUCUACUGAAGCGGUAUGCAAAUUGUAGUGGGGCGUUGGGUAAGUUGGAGGUGAUAUGAUCCUUAACUAGCCUCUCAAAGCACUUCAUGCGAUAGAAGUGAGUGCUACAUGGCGAUAUUCAUUUAGUUUAGUUACCUUUGCUUUCCUGGUGGACAUAAUGAAGCAAGUGGGGACGACAGAUUGUUCUGAGGACGCGGCUAUGAUCAUUUGUAGCUUUGAAGAUGCAUUAAAUGUUGUUUUACUAUAUAAACACUUACAGUAAUGUAAAUGAAGAUAUAUACAUAUACAGUACCAGUCAAAAGUUUGGACACACCUACUGGGGGCUCCCAAGUGGAGCAGCAGUCUGACCCUGCUACCAUCUAGAAGGAGGAGACAGUACAGGUGCAUCAAAACUGGGAUCGAGUGGUUGAAAGACAGCUUUUAUCUCCAGGCCAUCAGACAGUUAAAUAGUUAUCACUUGCCGGCCCCUGCCCAGUAACCUGAAUUGAACUUAGUCACAGUUACUAGCCGGCUACCACCAGGUACUCUACCCUGUACCUUAGAGACUGCUGCCCUAUGUACAUAGUCAUUGGUCACCUCCCUGACCAAGGCCCUUCUCCCCGAUUGAUCAGUUUGGCCGGACGGCCAGCUCUAGGAAGAGUCUUGGUGGUUCCAAACUUCUUCCAUUUAAGAAUGAUGGAGGCCACUGUGUUCUUGGGGACUUUCAAUGCUGCACAUUUUUUGGUACCCUUCCAGAGAUCUAUGCCUCGACACAAUCCUGUCUCGGAGCUCUAAAAAAUGUCUAGAAACCUGUUUUCGCUUUGUCAUUAUGGGGUAUUGUGUGUAGAUUGCUGCUGAUUUAAUUUUAAAAAAUCAAUUUUAGAAUAAGGCUGUAACAUAACAAGAUGUGAAAAAGUAAAGGGUUCUGAAUACUUUCCGAAGACACUGUAUAUAUAUAUAUAUAUAUAUAUAUAUAUAUAUAUAUAUAUAUAUAUAUAUAUUCUGGACUCUGACAUUGCUUGUUCUGAUAUUUCUUAAUUUAUUUAAUUACAUUUUUUUCAUUUGUGUGUAUGGUUUUGUAUUGUUCGGUGUACUGCACUGUUGGAGCUAGAAACAUAAGCAUUUUGCUGCACCUGCGAUAAAAUCGGCAGAGUAUGUGUGCGUGACCAAUAAAGUUUGAUUUGAUUUGGCUGUUGGGGUUCUUAUAUGGCGCUUAUAUGGGUGCCCAUCCUGGCGCCAGGGUGCCCUGAUUUGUUAUUGGGAGUGCGUCCCAGCACCCAUUUUAUGUAAACCUGUCUGCAACCAUGAUCAGAUGUUCCCCUUCCAUGGAUAUGGGGCAAGUGGUAGCAAAGCUGUUAGAGCAUAGAGCCAGUAACUGAAAGGUCACUGGUUCAAAUCCCCAAGCCAACUAUGU